AUGGCUCCAUUACUGUUCCGAACCUCGACUACACGGGAAUUAUAUAUAUGCGCCAGAUGUUCCCUUCGAUCCUCCACAACCCCAAGCCGCAUCACGAGAAGAUGGAUUGGAGACAAAUAUCUUGCGAAGAUUGCUGAGGCGGAGAGGGAGUGGGAAAGAAAGGCAAAUGAUAUAAAAGCGGGAAAACAGAAAAGCAUGCUCACCAUCCUGGAAGAAAGAGGUCUGGUAAACACAAUUGCUGGGAACCGCGACGAAGUCGAUAGACGAAUGACCGAGAACCGACUGGGAGCCUAUGUAGGAAUUGACCCAACUGCUUCCUCUCCCCACAUCGGUCAUCUUCUUCCCUUCAUGGCUCUAGCUUGGAUGUUCAUACAUGGCUAUCACGCUGUCACGCUUCUUGGUGGUGCAACUGGAAAAAUUGGGGAUCCAACCGAUCGAUUGACCUCGAGAGACAAGGUCCAUUCAUCCGUCCGGCAAGCCAAUUUGGUUGGUAUGCAUUACCAAUUAAAAAAGCUUUGGGUAAAUAUCGAGAACUAUGGGAGGCGGCAUGGUUACUUUGAGGGAAAACCUUGGGCACAUCAUCGAGAGUUGGAAAACAACAAUCAAUGGUGGAAUAGAUUACCAAUGUUGGAGGUCCUGUCCAUUUUAGGGCCUGGUAUGCGGCUGGGGCCAAUGUUGGCUCGAGAUACUGUCAAGAACAAAAUGAGCAAAGGGGAUGGUAUGUCGUUCGCAGAAUUCACAUAUCCCAUUAUGCAGGCUUGGGACUGGUGGCAUAUGUACCACAGAAAAGGUAUACAUAUGCAAAUUGGCGGAUCCGAUCAAUUCGGAAACAUCACGGCUGGAAUCGAUGCUGUUAAAUACAUAUCAAAGAAUCAUCCAGAGCCGGACGUGUUGGAGAAAAUAGAGGGCAUGGGUGAUCCCUUCGGCUUCACGGUACCUUUACUGACGACUGGCGGGAAAAAGUUUGGAAAAAGUGAAGGCAAUGCAAUUUGGCUUGAUGCAGAACAAACCAGUACAUUUGACCUGUAUGGCUUUAUGCUUCGCACGCCUGAUGAUGUGGUGGGAAACUACUUGAAGAUGUUUACAUUUCUUCCCAUCAAAGACAUUGAUGCUGUGGUGCAGGAGCAUCUUCUCGACCCUUCUGCCAGAAAAGCGCAGCAUAUGUUGGCUCGAGAACUUGUAGAGUUGGUGCAUGGGCCGCAUGAGGCAAAAGCUGUUGAGGAACAACAUAGACUUCUCUUCCAAAAGAAGUCGGCCAACGUUUUAGACGACGCAUCCGAACACGCUUCUUCCCCCCAGAUCUCGGCAAAUCCUCAUCCUGACCCUAAUUACAUCACACUUAAUAACCGCCCUAAAAUCAACGUCCAGCUCCCAGCUUCAGUCCUCGAAACUUUGAGUAUUGCCCGUAUAGUAUUCGCAGCUGGGCUCGCAGCUUCAGCAACCGAAGCCCACCAAUUAGUCCAGAAUCAUGGAAUUCAAAUCGGUGGAAUGGCAGGUAAAGCCAAGUCAAGCGAGCCCGGCUUCGUCAUCUGGACCAAGGUCGCCGCAUGGAAAAACGAAGAAACAGCCAAAUAUCUCAUUGGUGGUGAUCUUCUGAUGUUGAAACGGGGCAAGCAUAAUGUUAGAGUUAUUCAGGUUGUGCCUGAUGAGGAAUAUACCUCUUCUGGACGCACUUAUCCGGGCCAGAAGAUUCGAAGCGGUCCGUUGAGUAAUAUGGAGUUGAGGAAUAAGAAGGUUAUGGAUAAUUUGAGGGGGCCGAAGGGGCAGGAGAAUCUUGAUGAGGAUUGA